CAAUCAAGCUUAAAAGCUUUCCGAUUUCCCUCUGCAACGUCUUCUUUCCCCUUUUCUGCCUCCUUUUUGCUUCUUGUAACUGCUCAAAAAACAAACGCCUUUCUUCCCUCAUUUUUCUUCACUUUCCCGAGAAAAAGUCAAGAACUUUAAUCUCAUAGCAUCCCCAAAACCAAAAAGGGUAUCUGAAAGUUUCAGACUUUCAGCAAUGCUCUCCAAAGUGAACAGUUCAGUUUGGAUGGAAGGGAAGGAAGAGGAAGACGCUGCCUCAUGGAACAGAACCAACACCAACAAAGAGGAAAUGGGUUCUCUUUCUACGUUCAAAUCCGUUCUUGAAGUGGAAGACGAUUGGUACAUGGGGAAUACUGGGAUUCAGAAUCACCACGACAUGAGGGACAUCUCGUUUUCACCAAACCUUGGUGACCCGGAGAAUUUGUUGAUGCAUCCCAUGGAUUCUUCCUCUUCUUGUUCUCCUUCCUCUGUUUUCAACAAUCUUGACCCAUCUCAGGUGCAGUACUUUUUGCCUCCUAAACCUGCCUUAAAUCCUCUCUUUAAUGUCGUUUCCAGCAACCCUUUAGACCAUGGUUUUGAUUUGGGGGGAAUUGGAUUUCUUGAGAACCAAGCAACAAAUGCUUCCAAUUUGUUGAACAGGGAAAGUACUGGAGUUUUGAGUAACUUCCCUGAUUUCAGUCCUAGUAAUCAGAUAACUACUGUUAAUCCAUGUACUGAUGCUCAAUAUUCAACUAGCCAUAUGCUUCAGCUGACUGAAAACCGUCCCGGGUACACUGGUUUUCGGGGUUUUGAGGAGAACCCUGGAAAUGCUCUGUUUCUAAAUAGGUCUAAGUUGUUAAGGCCCCUGGAAACUUUACCUUCUAUGGGAGCACAACCUACUCUUUUUCAAAAAAGAGUGGCUCUGAGGAAGAAUUUAGCUGAAAAUGGAGGCAAUUUAGGAGUCUUAGGUGGAGGAGGAAGUUUUAAUCAAAGUUUGAGUGGGCUUGAGGGAGAUAAAGGAAAGAGGGAAAUGGGUGAAGAAAAUGAGAAGAGACAAUUUAGCUGUGGCGAUGAUUUGGAAGAUGUGAGCAUCGAUGGGUCAGGUUUGAAUUAUGAUUCAGAUGAGUUCACUGAGAACACUAAGUUAGAAGAAAGUAUUAAAAAUGGUGGAAAUAGCUCAAAUGCAAACAGUACUAUCACUGGGGGAGAUCAGAAAGGGAAGAAGAAGGGGCUUCCUGCCAAAAAUUUGAUGGCUGAGAGGCGCCGCCGAAAGAAACUCAAUGAUAGGCUAUACAUGCUGCGGUCUGUUGUUCCAAAGAUCAGCAAAAUGGACAGAGCUUCCAUUCUUGGGGAUGCAAUUGAAUACCUGAAGGAACUUCUGCAAAGAAUCAAUGAUCUCCAUAAUGAAUUGGAGUCAUCCCCUUCAAGUGCUGCAUUGACACCAACUGCAAGCUUGCACCCUUUGACACCAACUCUCCCUACCUUGCCCAGUCGCAUUAAGGAUGAACUUUGCCCCAGCUCAUUGCCAAGUCCAAAUGGACAGCCUGCAAGGGUUGAAGUAAGGGUUAGAGAAGGAAGAGCUGUAAACAUCCACAUGUUUUGUGGCCGCAGACCAGGUCUUCUGCUCUCUGCGAUGAGGGCUUUAGACAACCUUGGACUAGAUAUCCAGCAAGCUGUCAUCAGCUGUUUCAAUGGUUUUGCAAUGGAUAUCUUCCGAGCUGAGCAAUACAGGGAAGGCCAGGACAUCCAUCCCGAACAAAUUAAAGCAGUACUCCUGGAAUCAUCUGGCUUCCAUGGCCUGAUAUAGGCUGUACUCAGCAGUAGUGUAUGAAUUGAUGAACCAGACUUAUUUACAUCCUAGGAAAAAUGUUCAAGCAACAGCAUGCUGUUCGUCAAACCAAAUUGCUCUGCCAAUGGAAUCACAAAGAUUUGUUGUUAGCCUUGGAAAGUCUUGCAGCUCAGUUGAAACUGGCGGGAAAUUCACCAUCCCUUUAAAUUUUCUGUUAUGUUAGGCCUAAUUUCGUCAGUUGAAAAACAUGACCUUUUUAGUGGUGUUUGCUUGCAUUUCUGAUUAUCAUGGAGUCGAACUUCUUAUUUU